AGCCUGUGAACGCGCGCGGGUUCGUGUCCGCGCUAGCCAGACCACCUGCAGCGCGCGGCGCGGCGAAGGGUCGACGAGCGCCCAUUGCUCUGAUGUCGGUGCCCUCGAACAGCAGCAGCAGCGGUGCCGCGGGCGAGGAGUGGGCCGCGCACCCGACGUUGCUCCACCCUUGCGAGCCCCAACAGGGCACGGCCGCGUCGGCACCUGCAGCUCUGCACGCGGCCCAUCCUCUCGCCAUGCAGAUGCCAGCGUAUGCGUACGCCGCUGGAAUGGCGCAACCGGCGGCUUGCGCUUGCAUGCCCGCCUGCUCCUACCCGCCCGCCCAGCUGCCGCCGGCGUUGCAGAACCAGCUGCAGGCCCGCCUCUCCUGCCCGCCUCUCCUGCGCUGCUCCUGCGGUGCGGCUCAGAUCCACGCUCUCUUGCAACAGCAGCAGCAGCAGCAGCAGCAGCAGCAGCAGCAGCAGCAGCAGCAGCAGCAGCAGCAGCAGCAGCAGCAGCAGCAGCAGCAGGCGCAGGCGCAGGCGCAGGCGCAGGCGCAGGCACAGGCGCAGCAGCAGCAGCAGCAGAUGCAUCAGCAGCAGCAGAUCCAGGCGAUGAUAUCGCAGGCGCAGCACUCGUGCUCCUCGUGCUCCUCUGCACCACCCGGAGGGUCGCAGCAGCAGCAGCAGCAGCAGCAGCAACUUCCGUCGCACCAGCUGCAGCUCAGCUUCGAAGGCGCUGGGGAGGUGCCGCUGCCUCUCGCUCCGGGGGCAGCGUUUGGCGCCGGCGCCGGCGCCGGCGCCCCCGCAAGGCCUCCGUCGCAAAAGUCCCUCGCCGGCGCGCGACGUGUCGAGGCGGGUGCGCAGGCGCUGGCGUCGCUUGCGGGCGGCGGCGCCGACGGCGGCGGUGGCGAGUGGUGGAAUAUCCACGGGAUGUACUACAAGAUCCCCGCGCUGUCGAGCGACAACGGGCUCGAGGAGCCGUUCGGGCCGGCGGCGGCUCCGGCAGCGCCUGCCGCAGCCGCAAAGCCGAAUGGGAACGGGCAGGCGCGCGCGCCGGUGGGCAGGCCGUACCAGGGGCCGAAGGAGCCUCCUCGGCGCGGUAUCGCGGCGGCGCCUUCGCUCAAGCGCGCCCGGUUGGAGGGGUCGGCGGGCGGUUCCAUCGCGGCGGGCGGCGAGGACGGGCCCGAGGACGCGGCGAUGGAGGCGCUGCGCGAGGCGGGCAAGGUGCUCGCCGUGGCCAAGCGCGCCGCGCUCGCCGCCCAGAAGGAGGUGCGGCGCAAGGCGCUCGCUGCGCAGCGUGUCGGCGCGCCGUCGCAGGUGCAGCUGCGUUGCAAGCGGUUGGUGCGCGACAUGCAGGCCAGCGCGCCGGCGCGGGAGGCGGAGCUGGCUGCGCAGCGGCGCGAGGCUGCGCACGCGGCUUGGCGCAGGCAGGCGGCCGCGCGAGCAGAGCCGUCCGCAGCUCAGCGUGCUCUCGAGCGGCUGGUUGCGCUCUGCAGCGAAGAGGCUACCCUCCUCCGUGUCCCUCGCGGCGGCGCAUCGCCGGGAGGCGACCUCGCGGAAGCGGCGGCGGCGGCUUCCUCGCUUCCCGCCUCCAGCAUUGCGGCGGCGGAGCUGCGGCCCCUCCUAUCCUACCGGCUGGGCGCUUGCCACCGCUGGCUGAUGAGGCCUCCGCUGCCGCCUGUUGCCCUCGGCCUGCCUGCAGUCGGCGGAGGCACGCGCGUCGCGGGUCCGCUCAGCGUGACUCCGCUCCGGCCGCUGCUGCACGUACUCGCAGCCACGCCAGUGUGGCUCGCCGCCGCCGCCGCCGAGGAGCGACGCGCCGCAGCCAGGCGGGCGGCCGGUGGCGGAGCGGCCGGGGGCGGGGUGGCGCGAGCCGUGGCGCAGGCGGCGGGUGCAUUGCGCGUGCCAACGGUACUGGAGAGGUUGCGGGCAGAGGUGAGCGCCUCCCUCGAGGCGCCCCUCUGGCCUGGCACGGCGUACACGCCGUGGGCGGCGCUGCUGCCCGCGCCGGCAGCCGGUGGCGAGGGGGCGCUGAAGGCAGCGGCCGCCCUCUUCCUCGCCCUCCGCGCGCCCCUCUCGCUCGUGCUGCCUCGUGCCGUGGCCUCGCCGCCCGCUGCCGCAGUGCCCGAUGCCGCGUGGCAGGGCGGCGCGGUUGGCAAGGCGGCGGCGCUCAUCGUCGCGCUGCCUCGCAUCCACCCAGCGCGCCGCGCCUUUCCACGCACCUCCGUGCCGCCGCUGCCGCCGCACUCGCUGCCGCCGCCGCCGCGUCUCUUCCCGACGACGAGUGCGGCUGCGCUGGUCGGGACGUCCGCCAAGCUGCGCGCGCUCCUCGCGCUCCUCGCCCGCCUCGAGCGGGCGGCGCGCGGGGUUGCGGUGGCCGGGGCCGCCGCCUCGACCUCCGUCGUCCUCCUCUUUGUCCCCCCGCCCGCGAUCCCAAUCGUCGAGCGCGCGGUCCUCAGCCGGCGGCACACCUUGCUCGACCCGCCCGGCUCGCGUCCGCCGCGUGCGACCUUGCCGGGCAGCCGCCUCGCCGUCGCGCUGCUCGCCGUUGGGUCGGACUCGCCGCCGCUGCACCCGCUCUGCGCCGGGGCGAGCGCCGCCAUCUUUUACGACACGUUCGAUGGCGCGCCGCUGCAGCUGCGACGAGUCGGACGCCUCGCGAAGCCGCCCGCCGCCGUCUAUUACCUCGCGCACGCCGCCGGCGCCGGAGCGGGCGGCGCGCACGAGCCAGGCUCGAGGAGGGAGGGCUCGAGAGAGAGGGCUCGGGAGAAGAGGGUUCGUGCGCUCGCCGGCGUGCUGAGGGCUUAG